AAGAAUAACACAAAAUUGAAACCGAGGCGUUAUUUGUAAAUGGGUUAAAGUUUAUUAUGUAAAUAUAUAUAUAUAUAUAUAUAUAUAUAUAUUUAGCCUAAAAUUGCUGUGAUCACACUACUGGUAUGAAGACUGUAUUCGUUACCGUUGGAACCACGAGUUUCGAUGAGCUUAUAGAGAGUGUUACGUCUCAAGAAACGACUCAGGUGCUCUCAGCUCUAGGUUACAAAAAGCUGGUUCUCCAGGUGGGCCGCGGGGCUGUUCUUCCGGGCUCAGACAGCUGUGCCGGGCUCCAAGUAAACGCAUUCCGCUUCAAAGAUUCAAUUGCAGAAGAUAUCAGAGAUGCUGACCUGGUCAUCAGCCACGCAGGGGCGGGCAGUUGUUUGGAGGCACUUGGGGCGAGACGGCCCUUGCUGGUGGUGGUCAAUGACAGGUUGAUGGAUAAUCACCAGCUAGAGCUUGCCAAACAGCUGCACUCAGAGUCUCACCUGUUGUAUUGCACCUGCAGCACGCUGACUCAGACGCUGAGAACAAUGGAUCUGUCUGUUCUCGCCCCCUUUCUGCCGGGACAGCCCCAGAACUUCUCCAGGUUUCUGGAUCAGGCCGUGGGCCUUCACACGGAGUGAGCGCGCUGGUUCUCCCGCAGUGCCCCGCCCGCACGGGUUCCCCUGCAGGGAUCGGAGGGCUUCUGUCCAGCCCAGCCCAGCCCAGCCCCACCCCAAGUCAAGAGAAGAAAAGGCAGUGCCCAGAGUGGGAAUUUGCUGAUUUUCUGUCCUUGUGAACUACAUUUUGCAAUUCGAGCAAGUUGUAUUUCUUCUCAGUGAUAGUCAAUGGAAUUUUUUUAUGUCCUUCUCACAAGUGAGCUGUAAUUCUCACUGGUCACAUUUUUUAAACAUGAAAAUAAGUCAUUUUUAUAUGACGCCAGUGCGGUGCCACACUGUGCUUCAUUGUGUGCGUCUGAAGUAGUAUUGACAUUUACCAUGGCAGAUUUGAAUAAGUUACAUUUGUUUAUGCUGCCACUUUAAACAAAGUUUAACCAUGCUUUGCCUUUCAAGCAAAGUCACAAGAUCACUGUUUUGCCUAAAGCUUGUUUGCUUGAUAUACACUCACUGAACACUUUAUUAUGGUUGGCAUUUAUUAGGUUGACCUGUACACCAGCUUGUUAAUGCAAAUAUUUAAUCAGCCAAUCAUGUGGCAGCAACUAAAUGCAUAAAAGCAUGCAGCCAUGGUCAAGAGGGUCCAACCAAAUGUCAGAAUGGAGAAGAAUGCUUGUUGGUGCCAGACUGGGUGGUUUGAAUGUCUCAGAAACUGCUGAUCUCCUGGGAUUUUCACGCACAACAGUCUCUAGAGUCUGCAGAGAAUGAUGUGAAGAACAAAAAACAUCCAGUGAGUAUCAGUUCUACAGGGAAAAACACUUUGUUAAUGAGGGAGGUCAGAGGAGAAGGGCCAGACUGGUCAAAGCUGACAGACUGGGCAAUGCACAAGAGCAUCUCUGAACACUCAAUGCAUCAAACCUCUUAAGUGGAUAGGCUACUGCAGCAGAAGUCUUAAAAAUCAGUGUAAUAAAUUGAGUGUAUAUAUAUAUAUAUCCGUUUGAAUAUAUUCAUAUUGUUUGGCUACAGUUGCCAAAGGGACCAAUGUGGCUACAACAUGUAGACAGUUUUCCAUCUUGUCAUUUCUUCCAGCAGCUUUAACCUAGGCUAAACAGACCUCCCACAUGCUAUUUUGUAUCUCUAUCACACACAAAAAUCAGAACAAACUAUAUGGGGUUGCCCUGGAGAUAAGCCUGUGAUCACCAAUGCAAGGCAGUCUUAUUCAGGCCUUUCUAGGAUCACGGAACUUGGAGCAAGGGCUGGUUGUUCCAGUGCAGUUAUGUAUGACUGAGUGAUUGGUUGAUAGAUGGAUAGCAGCCUUGGAAAGGGUUGUACAGGCCUAAGAUGUAAAGAAGGCUCAGCCUGUACUUGGAUUACAUGUUUCUGCAUGCCAAUAGCUCAGGAGCUGCCUUAGAAGUCUUUUAAGUAUGGGGGGGUGGGUUACUGAUAAUGCUUAGAAACAAAGGACUAUAAAAGCUCAUGACCAAAACCUCAUUGGUAUGAACUAUAUACAGACAUGGAGGUGGUGAAUUUCAUUCAUCCUUUAAAUGUGGUUUCCAAAGAAAUGACUCAUCUGGUUACAGUUGAAGUAUGUAUUUCUGUGAAUAUUAAAGGAGAAAGUAUGUGUCA